GAGUGAAAGUGAAGAGGUGACAUCCGAGGAGUGCUGGAGUCAUCCUAGCCUGCACCCAACCCUGUCAUUACUGCCAUUCCAUAUAUAGCUCCUGACAACUGUCUAGGGCUGGAACUUCCAGCUCUCCCCACCACCACCUCCUGUCACAUUUCUGCAUCUGAAGCCUGAGCACAGCUCUUGGCCCCUGCUGUAGCCUUUGGACAUCCAUUGCAACAGGAUGGCUGAGAAGCAGGAGCAGCCGCAAGCCUCCCAGAACGGUGAAAAGGCUGAAAAGGCUGAAAAUGCAGAGAAUGCAGAGAACGCAGAGAAUGCAGAGGAGGCCGAAAAGCCACCGGAGCUGGAGGAGCUGCCACCCUUCGAAAUUGUAACAGGGGAACGGCUUCCAGCCUUCUUUUUCAAUUUCCAGUUCAAGAAUGUAGAAUACAGUUCAGGCCGGAACAAGACCUUCCUGUGCUACAUCAUAGAGAUUCAAGGCAAGGAGUCAAAAACCUUACGGGGCUAUCUGGAGGAUGAACAUGCAGCAGCCCAUGCUGAAGAUGCCUUCUUCAAUACCAUCUUGCCCACAUGUGAAUCUGGCCUACGCUACAACGUUACCUGGUACGUCUCUUCUAGCCCCUGUGUCGGCUGCGCUGAGCAGAUAACUAAGGCACUGAAGAAGAACAAGAACCUGAAGCUCUCCAUCAUAACGGGCCGUCUCUUCAUGUGGGAAGAGCCUGACAUCCAAGCUGCUCUGAAGAAAAUGAAGGCAGCUGGCUGUAAAAUGAGAAUCAUGAAGCCUCAAGACUUUGAGUAUGUAUGGAAGAAUUUUGUAGAGCAGGAGGAAGGUGAGGAACCUAAGGCAUUUACACCCUGGGAGGACAUUCAAGAGAACUUCCUAUAUUAUGAAGAAAAGCUUGCUGAAGUUUUGCACUGAGGUUCAAGGCCAGCAUGUGUGAAGUCUGCCAACCCUAUGGAGAGACAAACAUGAUAUACUUUGACAUCUGGGACUCCCCCUUCGGUCCUCCAGAGCUGCUUUGAAAAAGAAAAACAACACCACAAGUCUCUGGUUGACAUGUCGCCUUGCUGACUAAAAAUACAUUUAUUAUGCUGCAUGUAGGCAUUUGGUUGUUUGAAAUACAUAAACCUGCAGUGCUGCUGCUCACAUGGGAAGAAAAAGCAUAAUGAUAUGGAAUGAAGUUAACAAUCUGCAGUGCAAAGCUUUUUCAUCACUGAAAACUUUUGACAAACAAGUCAAACCACACCAAAGAGCUUACCAAAACAAUAAUGCAAAUUAAAUAAGUUUAGCAAAUGUGGUGCUCUUUUAUCAUUUCAGAACUUCUUUAAGAGAACAUAAAAUACCGUAAGUAUACGUAGGUCCUGCUAUUCAACCACUAUCUGACAAUUCAUUUAGAAUUCACUUAGAAUUAUGCCCAAAUCUUGCUAUACGCUCUGCAGAUUCACUUGUUUGAACAGUCAGCUUCCUUACAUGUCUACCCAGCAGAAAAUCCCAUUACAUUCAAUGGAAUUUACUUUCAAGUAAAGUGAUAUAGGAUUGCCGCCCAAAAGGUAAGAAACAAUGGUCCCAAUCCAGAAACAUGUGUGGCAGCUUUAAUCCUUCUUUUCAGCAUGGUCAUUCUUCCAUACCAGCUCCAGUUUGGGGAAACAGCUGGUGUACCUCUGAAGCAAAGCAAGGAACAGCUCAUAGGAGAAAUUCUGGUAGACCUACAUAAUCCUGUGCCAAAAUUCUGGUAGACCUACAUAAUCCUUUGCAUCUGCCUAAAGGGGUUCUCUAGAUCACAGAAUGUAUUACAAUAUGAUGAGAUAUGUGUAAUAGCAUAGACCAGGGGUUCCCAAACUGUGGAACCAGUGCUCUGCAAGCUUCAUUCAGAUGGUCCAUGAUGUGUCAGUAAAAAUACAAUUAAAAAGCAUACUGCAUCUAGCACAGUGUGCUACAACAGGCAGAAAAAAUAUUAAGUGGCUCACCAAGACCCUCUGAGAUUUUCAUGUGGUCCAUGAGAAAAAUAGUUCGGGAACACUGGCAUAGACAUCUUAGUUAAUAAAGCAAUUAAUAAAGAUUUACAAGUUCCCUUCCAAGAUCAAUGUACUGCAAAAUGCUCUGUGAUACAAAUAUGUGAAGAUCGCAUAAAAGGGAUAUUGAUGAUUUCAACAGAAGGACCACAGUAGUGACAGAUUCUCCACAUUAAACAUAUGGGGAAAUGAAAAAUUUGCUCCCAGAGCCUUUCUUUAUUUUUGCACAAUUUCUUUUUGGUACCUAUAUCCUUUCAGGGACACACUAUUCAGUUAAUUUAAUGAAAUAUGCUAAUUGGAUAAUACCUAUCUUCUUAUAUUUAUUGCACAUAAAGAUCUAAGGGAAACGCUUAUUUUAAUAUACAGUCGUACCUCGGGUUACGACCACCUCGGUUUGCGAACAGUUCGGGUUACGACCUGCGCAAACCCGGAAGUGUUUUCGCCGCGCGCGCGCAUAAGCCGUGCGCGCGCGAAUGCGCGCUUUGCGCAUGCGCAAAAUGGCGGCGCCCAUAGCGCUCGGUUUGCGAACUAUUCGGGUUACGAACUGCGAUCCGGAACGGAUCGCGUUCGUAACCCGAGGUAUUACUGUAUGUUAUAGGAGCUUUCAUUUUUCUGCAAGAAGCAACCUUGAAAGCUCUGACCAUGUAUGGCAAGAACAAGAGCUGCAGAAGUAGUUUUGGGCAAGGCUUAGAAAAAUCCCAUGUCAGAUAUAUAAGAGGUAUUUUUAAUAGUUGCUUAAUCAUGUUAUUUAAUAUUGAUGUGUUCCUUUGCUGCUCAGCAAUAUCUGGUUUAUGAAACAAAUGGACUAAAUGGAACUGAUCCAGAAUUCCACAUGUACAGUAUGCCAAUACACACAGACCUCAUACAUAUGCAGGAUACCCCAAUAAUUUCAACAACAGAAGUAGAUCAGUGCUGGAUUUACGUAUAAGCUAAAUAAGCUAUAGCUUAGGGCCCCACUCUCUUGGGCCCCCCAAAAAAUUUAAAGGAAAAAAACCCACCAUGGGUGUACAUUUCCAAAAUAUAAGAUAAACUUCUUAAUUGUAUUUCAGUUCAACAAUUACUUUGAUAAAAUACAUAUUUUGUUAUGUGCAAAUGGCUUUAGAUAUCUAUUAGGUCCAUAAAUUACCAUAUAGCAUAUAUUCAACACAAAAACCAGCAACAAUUUGUUGUUGACAAAGGACAGCUGGGCAUAUAAAGAGCCCCAUUACCUUCAGUAACUUAGGGCCUCAUCAAACCUAAAUCCGGCCCUGAAGUAGAUGUACAUAUCAGACCUUGCAUGUGCACAAAGAGAUACAACACUACUUCAAAAAUUAAACAGUUCACUCUCUUGGAAAAGGUAUUUUAUUUACACAGAAUAGGAAAAUCUAAUUACAGUACUUUAAACAGAGCAUAUAAGACCUGCAACAGUUAACCAUUGAGGUCCCAUAGUUUUCACAUUAUUCUGAAACACAUGAUUGCAUAGCAGAAAGUGCUACACUAACCAAAACACAGCUAUGCAAAUCCUUUAUUUUUCUUUGUUUUUAAUUUGUAAGUUUGUCUGCUGAGUAAAGCACACUCAUCUGCUGGCUAGAUACAUCCAAUUGUAAAUUUCUACAAAACACUGUCCAUACUUGGACACUAGUAAUGGUGAGAAAUGUCUGCAAGAGUAAAGAAAACUGAAACAAGAUCAUACCAUCAUCGUCUUCCAAAUCAGUCACAACAGUAUUAACAGAGAAACUGCCCUAAUAAUUACAGAGAAUAAACUGUAAUGCUAACAUCUGUAUCCUCAAAUACUUCUUCAAGCAUGGUUGAAACUUUAUUCCAAUCCAGGCGGUCAAGUCCACACCCAAUCCUGGAAGAUAAAGAAUGCCCAAGUAUUUCCACACAUUCAUUCUUGCCAAUUCACCCUUGAGAAAUAUCCUAAAAAUUGCUAUUCUGUAGCAUCAAGUUUAAUCAUAAUACUCGUAAUUUCUCCCAAGCAAAGCCAGUUAGAAUUAUUACUAGUCUCACAUACAAAUAGCAUCACAAAAUGAAUACACCAGGUCUGUCAGUCAUGAAUUGGUGCCCAGUUCUGAGGUCAUGAAGAAAUAAUGGUCAAGGCAUCAUGAAUGGGCUAUGCUAUGUGCAGUUGCAUUUCCUCCUCUUUCUGCAUAUUUUGACUUCCUCUUGCUUCCUGCUUUACUGUAAUGAUUGUAUGCCAUAACAUCCAUAUCAGGCAAAUUAUGAUUACUGCAAACCAAAUCUGAAUUGGAAGUAAGAUAAAGGUAAAGGGACCCCUGACCAUUAGGUCUAGUCAUGACCGACUCUGGGGUUGCGGCGCUCAUCUCGUGUUAUUGGUGGAGGGAGCCGGCGUACAGCUUCCAGGUCAUGUGGCCAGCAUGACAAAGCCGCUUCUGGCGAACCAGAGCAGCACACGGAAACACCGUUUACCUUCCCGCUGUAGCGGUACCUAUUUAUCUACUUGCACUUUGACGUACUUUCGAACUGCUAGAUUGGCAGGACUGGAAGUACUUACAUCCAGAUUAGACGUCAGCAUAAACUAAAAAGAGAGGGAGGGAACAGGCAUGCAAAGAGAACACAAAGUCCGCUGAACAAUAACCAAAUCAAGAUUUGAAUGAAACAUCAGAACAAGAUGUACAUCCAUUUACACA